AUGUUCUUCUUCGGGCUUGGCGGGUUGUUUUAUGUCGCCGUACUCCUCACCAACGCCAUAGCAAUCCUCUCCGAAGACCGCUUCCUUGCACGUAUUGGAUGGACAGCAUCUGCAGAACCCGGCUUCCACGGUCAACGCGACGACGCGAGUAUCAAAGCGCGCUUGAUAAACCUUGUCUCUUCGUACCACUGA